UCUUUAAAGGGGGCAUGCCAUACAGCUCCUUUUCCUUCUUACAAGAAGACUGAGGUUAUAGAUAUGAAAUGCUUUGAGCUCCACAUAAGAAAGGGCUACUUAAAUUGCAAGUUAUUUGGUUGUCUUUUAAAAAUUAUAGUACUACUUGGGGGGAACUGAGGGGGAUUGUAGAGUGUGAUGUAGAUACUUAACAUUAGUUGCAAGAGCUCUGUGGACAAAAAUGACAAUAUAGGUAAUGGCUUGCCUUCCCUGAUCCCCGUUGUAUUUUACUUAAAUGAGCCCCAUGCACUGUUCUACCCGUACACUUAAGAAAUUCUACAGUCUUUGGCAUAUUCCGUCCCAGCAGUGUUAUGCCCCUAACGUUGGCAUUAGUGAUUGAAGUGUUGAUGCAGCCUGCCAGUUAUCUAGCCACCUGGCUGUUGCUAAGAGUUUUUCCCCAAUAUUUGGUAUAUGGCUUAAACAAGACUUAGAUCUUUGCUUCCUGAUUGUACUGAACGGAACCUGCUAAGGGAGUGGUUAGCUUGAAUUUGGCUGUAGAUGUUUUAUAUCCGAACUGGGUUCGAGCCAACUGUGUGUGUUUUGGGGUGUGUGUGUUUUUGCAGAUUAUUUGAUAUAUUCCUUUUACCCCCACCAACUUCCAGAUACAUACCUUCCCAAUAUGCCCCCUCCCUUCUUAAUUUCUGCAUCACAGGAAGCAGGAGUUUCAGACAGGGUGGUUUGAUGUGUGCAGGUGAAUCUAAUUGCAAACCUGUAUCUAUCCACGGUGUGAAGUUGAUUAGUCUGAGAAAAGAAGGGCGAGGCAGAAAGGCCCCGAGAGCUGCUUUUUACUGUCGGGUGUCUUCUGGUGGCUAUUGCUGGGGAAAUCUGAGGUGCUGUAGGAGGUAGCGCCUGGAUGGGGGUCGCUCCUAGCACCCAGGCAGAGAGAGUGGGCGGAGAAGCUGUAGAUGGAGCAUUGCAUUACCUGGCCCAACUGUGGGAUGCUUGGCUCCUGGCUUUGGGGUGGUAGCCAGGGGAGAUGGGGGCAGCUCUAACAAAGAGGAGCCGCGCAGGGGCCGGGGCCGUGCGUAGCUGGCCUAUCCCCGGCGGCUGACCUCCCGGUGGGCCUCCCCAGUUGGCUGCUUGGCGGGUCGCUCUGCUAGCUCCCUGGCUUGCCAUUGGCUGUGCGGACGGGAGGGGGUUUGCAGAGGGCCGGGAUGGAGUUGAGGGGGCGGGGCUGGCUUCCGGCAGUAAAGGGGAGCAAGCGGCUGCCGGCUGGGGGAGGGGGUGUCGGCGCACCGUGGAGUGCUGUGCUCUGAGAGCCUGGCGCUCGGAGCAGCCGCCUCCCCCUCCCCCUGCCAAGACCGCUCUAAGCCCCUUCUCAUCCGCCCCCCCCCACCGCCGGGGCGGGCGAGGAGGGUUGAGCUGCUCCAAGCGGGCGGGGCGGAGCCCGGAGCCCCACUGAGCGCUGCGGAGCGAACCUCACCUCCUUUCCAGGGCUCAAGUGUGAGUGACUGCCCCAUGUUGUGUUGAUGCCAGUCUGCCAUGCUAGCCUGUCUACCAGGGCCAGGUGACCUGUCCUUUCAGCUUCUUUCUCACACGCAGAUGAACACUGGACUUCAGAAAUGGGACACUACACAGAAAAUGAGAGCUGCUCACUACCCUACCCCAGCCGAAUUGGACGCGUAUGCUAAGAAGGUCGCAAACAACCCACUGACUAUAAAAAUCUUCCCCAACAGUGUGAAGGUUCCCCAGCGGAAACACGUUCGUCGUACUGUGAACGGCCUCGACACAUCAGCCCAGCGCUACAGCCCCUACCCGACUCAGGCUGCCACCAAGGCAGGCCUGCUUGCCAUUGUCAAAGUGCCAGCCAAAAGCAUUCUCAAGGACUUUGACGGCACCCGAGCCCGAUUGCUCCCUGAGGCCAUCAUGAACCCCCCGGUGGCGCCCUAUGCUCCUGCGGCACCCAGCACUUUAGCCCACCCCCAGGCCCAGGCUCUGGCCCGCCAGCAGGCCCUGCAGCAUGCACAGACCCUGGCCCAUGCCCCUCCCCAGACGCUGCAGCACCCUCAGGGUAUCCCACCACCCCAGGCGCUGUCCCACCCUCAGAGCCUCCAGCAGCCUCAGGGCCUGGGCCACCCUCAGCCCAUGGCCCAAGCCCAGGGCCUGGUCCACCCUCCAGCCCUGUCUCACCAGGGUCUCCAGCACCCCCCCAAUCCCUUGCUGCAUGGAGGUCGGAAGAUGCCAGACUCAGAUGCCCCCCCGAAUGUGACCGUGUCUACCUCAACUAUCCCCCUUUCAAUGGCGGCCACCCUGCAGCACAGCCAGCCCCCGGACCUGAGCAGCAUCGUGCACCAGAUCAACCAGUUUUGCCAGACGAGGGCAGGCAUCAGCACUACCUCAGUGUGUGAGGGCCAGAUCGCCAACCCCAGCCCCAUUAGUCGCAGUCUGCUCAUCAAUGCAAGCACCCGGGUGUCGACCCACAGCGUCCCCACGCCAAUGCCUUCAUGUGUGGUCAAUCCCAUGGAGCACACCCACGCGGCCACGGCCGCAUUGCCUGCCACAGGCCCUGUCAACCUGCCCGCGGGCAUCUCUCGAGCCCCCACUGGCUACACUAGCGACCUCAAGCCAGUCGCCUGGAACCAGCACCAGCUGGCCCACCUACAGCAGAUGUGCAGUGAGGCCGGUGGGACGCCGGCCCCUGGCCUGACAGGCAAGCAUGCAGCAGGACGCGAGUUGGCAGGGCCUGGCUUUGUGGGCAAGGCCCCUGCCUACCCGCAGGAACUCUGCCUGGCACAGUCCUUCCAUCUGAAGCCACCCCUGGAGAAGCCAACCCCAUCCCCACCUGUCAACGGCCUGGCAGCCCCAUUGGCCUACCCCAAUGGUCACUACUUCCAACCCCUGUGGAACAACAUUCUGCCCACCCCCAAUAGCGACAGCUCAGGGUCUCAGGACCUCGCCAUGCCGUUCCAUGGUGGGCAGCCCACGGGUGCACCCCUCGACUGUGGGACGGCUGCUGGGGCCCACUACCGAGCAGGGACCGGGGGCGGUCCAGUGGCAAGCCAGAACAGCUUGAUGCAAACGGUGGAUUACCUAAGCGGGGAUUUCCAGCAGGCCUGCUUUCGAGAACAGAGCCUGGCCAUGCUGAGCAAGGCCCACCGAGCCCCUGGCAACCGAGCCCCUGAUCCCGCAGAUAGUCGAAAUCUUCAUAUUCAGCACCCCGGGUAUAGAUAGGGAGCUCUGGUGCCCUCCACAAGCUACACAUCGUACGUACAUCACCCUCCUAGGUCGAGACUUACUUUUGAGUUAUUGGGUAGUUUCAAAAUUUCGCUGCUCCAAUGUGAUCAUUCUUAGAUGUCUAAGAAAGGGAACUUGGUGGGAUCUCAUUUAGGACAGCGGGGGAUUCCCCUGUGCCCUCAUCCUGUCCUCCACCAUCCCCAGCAGCUUCUGGGUUUAUGUGAGGACCUAACCCCACUCCAGGCUUUUCUCUCUGCUGCCUAUCAGUCCCUUCGCCUUGGCCAUUUCCCACCAGCCACCUCCCAUCGUCUUGUCUCUUAUCUCUGCCUCUUUUCCUUAGGACUGGGGAGGGGCAGGGCCCUGGAGAGGUGACUCUGGUGUCCACCUCCUUCAGCUAGGCCUCUGCUUGUCUGUCUCUGUCUCUUUGGGACUAAGAAGCCAGACUUCCCAAGUGCUCUGGAAGCUAAUUCCUUAUUCACCCAAAGAUCUCAAAUCAGAACUGACCCAGUCUUCACCUCCUCCCGCCGCCCCUCUCCAUUCCUCCGGGCUUUUGUACGCCUGCCUUGAUUCCAGCCUCUGCACUUGUCCUUGCUACGCUUCUCAAGGGCACCCUGCAGGCACCUGGCGGUAGCCUUGAGGCACGGGGAGAAGAUCUUUGUAUUGGUAUCUUAGUUCCUGACCGUCCCCCUUCCAGCCCUAGAGAAAGGUUAAGGGUAGUGACCGUUCAGCAUUCCCAAGAUUGCUUUCUCACUGUUGUCUCCGCUGCUGUCUGCUGCUCCCAUCCUCCAUGCCCCUCCAGAAAGCAAGCAAAACAAAACAGGGUCUUGAGGAACUAGGUAAGUAAAGGAUGAUCACAUUGGAGUUCGGAAUUAAAAACACCAAAAAAAAAAACACAAAAAAAACCCCACUUGGUUCUGUCUACACUGGCUAAGAAUAUUGCUCUACACUGUAAGUUUUAAAUGUCCAGUUUCUGUAUGAAUGUCAUGUGGGUUUGAGUAGCGUGUGAGCGGCCCCACAGGUACAUUCACCCUCUUGUCACCUCCUUUUGCAGCCCCUCAGUUUAAUGAAGAAAGAAAGAAAAAAAAAAAAAACACAAAGCCUUAAGCUCUUUGAAUUCUUCCUUUACCGACUGAGCAUGUCUCUAACAGCUGGAGGCGGACCUCUGUGGGAAGCAGCCCCUCCUGCGCUUGCCCGCCCCUCACGCGCCCAUCCUUCACCCCAUGCUCAGCCUGUCUCAUUCCCAAGUGGCAAAUAGUUGGCUAGAAAUUUAACACUUUUCUGUAACUUUCAAUUUAGACCAUGUUUUGUAAUUUUUUGCACCCUUCUGUUAAAGAUACGUAGUCGGGCUCUGACUUUUUUUUUCCCAACCAAAUAAGCCCUUACCUUUCCUCUUGUCUCUAGGGAACGUGAGCUGAUGUUCUUAUUUAAGAUUUGAGGUUUUGUUUACUAUACUAUCCACUGUUCUUUAGCCAGAAAUUCUCUAGUGAUCUGAAGCAAUGUGACUGAAGACCAGUUUUUAAAUUAUGUGUUGGCAAGUUGCCUUAUAUUUAAAAAGAGAAAAGAAAAAAAAUGCCUGAUUGUGUUAUGCCAAAUGAUAGCAACAUGAAGUCCUAAUUUAUUGUUCCUGAUUUCCCUGCCAUCUGUGAACACUGGUACCUCCCUGUCCCCGAGCCCUCAGGGGCACCUGCGACUUCUGGUGCAGGGCCUCUCCCCAAGGCGUCCACCGUCUCACCCAGGGCCCCCUUCUGGUUCUCGCUUCUCUUCUCGGAGUUACAUUUAAAGAGCACCACUGUCUCCCUUUAUCCCCCGCUUGACCUCCAAACCAGAUGUUUUUGCCGUAAUUUUUUCCAAUGCCUCUCCCCGAAAGGUGAGCUGCCAUCUUAGGAAAUUGGACCAGACACCAACUUGGGGGCUUUAAACCAAACCUCAAUCCCUCAAAUCUCUUCCUGUGUAGGGGUGCAAAUCUUUGAAGCUCUCACUCCCACCCCUAGUCUGCAUGGAAAAUGUACUGUGACCCCCCCCCAGCCUCCCAACUGCCCUUGCCUUUGGUGUGAGAUGUUUCCCAGUUCACCCUGAGCCCCUCUCCCCCUCUGCCAGCCAACCCUAACCAGCAAUAAGGGUCCAAGCCAGGGCCUCCUGUCCGCACUCCCUGCCUCCAUCCCACACUGCCCCAGGGAACACCUGAUUCCCUAUGCUGUCCACAUACUGUAGCAUUCAUUCUCCAUCUCCCUCAUCUUCUCACCUGUGGUGGUUUAUGGGUGUGAUGGGGUUUUUAAGAUUAUUAUAAACCAGUAAAAAGAAAAAACUCACCUUC